UUCCCGCUCCGCCGCCUCCCGGCCCGCUCUGCCCUCCGCUAGGGUGCGCGGCAUCGGCGCUUCGCAUCCUCCCCUGUAUCCCGCAGCCCCGGGCGGCGGGUGCCGUGAGAGCCACCGCGCAUCCAUGGCACUGCGGCGGGGACCAGGUGCAUGCAGCUGGCGCUGACCUGUUGCAAGAGCCGGGCUUGUCUUGGGGACCUUUUGUCUGGAUCUUUUUUCUAUUUUUUUUUUCCCCUUCUUGACGGGGGAAGUUUGCUCCCUAGCCUGUGGCCCGGCUUCCUCCACACCCUUUCCUCCUCCUUUUCCUCCUUUUUUCCAGGAUCCGCUGCCUGGGGCCAGAAGAGGUCUCCCUCGUUACCCCCGGCCCAGCGCUGGAGCUGGGGGCACCCCGCGGGCUCUGGGCUCGCCCUUUCCCGCGGCGGCGGGGCGGCCCCAGGAGCGCGGGGAGGCUCCACGAGUGCCCCGGGCUGCCGGGCUGCCACCAUGGCCAAAGUGGCGGCCGAAAGUUGCGGGGCAGCGCCGGCCGAGGACUUGUCCAAGGUGUCGGACGAGGAGCUGCUCAAAUGGAGCAAGGAGGAGCUGAUCCGCAGCCUCCGCCGCGCCGAGGCCGAGAAGAUGAGCGCGAUGCUGGACCACAGCAACCUCAUCCGCGAGGUGAACCGCCGCCUCCAGCUCCACCUCGGCGAGAUCCGCGGCUUGAAGGACAUCAACCAGAAGCUGCAGGAAGAUAACCAGGAGCUGAGGGACCUUUGCUGCUUCCUGGAUGAUGACCGGCAGAAGGGCAAGAGGGUGUCCCGUGAGUGGCAGAGGCUGGGCAGGUACAGUGCCAGUGUCAUGCACAAGGAGGUGGCCUUAUACCUGCAGAAGCUGAAAGAGCUGGAAGUGAGGCAAGAAGAAGUGGUGAAGGAGAACCUGGAGCUGAAGGAGUUGUGUGUGUUGCUGGAUGAGGAGAAGGGAGGAGGGGCAGGCAGCCGGAGCUCUAUCGACAGCCAGAUCAGCCUGUGCCAGCUGACUGCUACCAGUGCCUACAUCAGAGAUGUUGGGGAUGGCAGCAGCACUUCCAGCACAGGCAGCACAGACAGCCCAGACCAUCACAAGCACCACCCAAGUACCAGUCCAGAACACCUGCAAAAACCUCGGGGGGAAGGAAGCCCUGAGCACCAGAAACACAGAAGCAUCAGCCCAGAGCACCUGCAGAAGCCCAGGGCUUCUGGCAGUCCUGAUCAUCACCUGAAAGGGCUGAGCCCUGAGCAUCACAAAACCAUUGUCAAAGUACCUGAACAACAAAAGUGCAGCAGCAGUCCAGAAACUAUCCCAAAGCACAUUUUGAGUAGUAGCCCUGAACACUUUCAAAAGCAGAGGCCUGGUGGUAGCCCUGAGCAUCAAAAGCACACCGGUGGCAGCCCAGAUCACCUUCAAAAGCACACGCCCAGUGGAAGUACAGAGCACCUGCACAAGGUGAGGGGUACGAGCCCAGAGCAUCUCAAACAACACUACGGAGGGAGUCCAGAACACCUCAAACACCUCAGCGGAGGCAGCAGAGAAGGUACCCUCAGGAGACAAGUGACAGAUGAGCUGUCCCCUCACCACAGGAGUUUGUACAAUGGAAUGAAUGAAUCAACCUUGUCCUAUGUUAGGCAGCUGGAGGCCAGAGUAAGACAGCUGGAGGAGGAAAAUCGCAUGCUGCCCCAGGAUGCCAUUAAGAUGCCAGGAGGGGCGGAGGGGAGUCACUGCUCUGCAAACGAGCCAGCCAACAUCAGUGGACAUGGCUCAGCCUCUCAGCAGUCUGACUCAGUGGUAAAUGCUCUGAAGGUUGUGUGGAGGAAACUUGGAGAUGCUGCAGGGUCGUGCCCUGGAAUUAGACAGCACUUGUCAGGAAAUCAGUACAAAGGACCGAUGUAA